AUGGCUGCGCGCGCAGACGGGUGUGGAGCGGCUGCGCCCGCGAGCGCAGCGGCGGCGGCGGCGCUGGCCCGCGCGCAGGCGCGCACGGCGCUCGCGUCGGCGGCGUUCGGGCGCGCGGGCCCCUCCUUUGUGGCUGGCAUCGCCGGCCCUGCGCAAUCGAAGGCGUCGUGGAAGAGCGCGUCCGUUCCCAAGCGCGGCCCGCGCUCUCGUGAGAACUUCUCCGCGCCGCGUCCCGCCUGCCAAGGACAGCGACCGGGCGCACCAAGCGGCACGACAGAAGGCCGCCACCCACGCAUUGUGUUGGCCGCUGGAACGCACCAUUCCCAGCGGCGGUUUGAUGUUGCGUCCCAUGCCCGUGUCCUUACUUGCGAUGGAUCAGUCGGAUCGACAUUGAUUCCACAGCUGCUGUCGCCUCUCGGUUUCCAGCAGCCCGCAGAUAAAUCACUUCACCGCGUUACAGAACAUUGGCCUCCAACUUCAUUACUCCGAAGUGGUCCAUACUAUGAUUUACGUUAUUUGUAUAAGACUCCAUCAACCUACAAAGCAAAACAUUAUGAUCACUGUAUCGAUUCAAAAAAUUUUGCCCAUUUGUUGGUAGAUGAUAUUCGAGAAGGUUGA